AUGCCUCCUGCAAAGAAACGCAAGACGAGAGCGACUGUUGAGCCAACCCUCCUAAAACAGCACCAGUCCAAGAGGAAGCGCCCGCACAGGAAGAGUCUUCCGCCCCUCCAGCCCCCGACGAAGCAGCAACCAGAGCCAAAGAACGCGCGGAGCGAUUCCGAGCCCUCCAAGAACGCGCAAAAACAGGGGCAAAAAAAAAAUCUCAAAGAAGCAACCCUUGAAUCACAGCGUCUAGCCACCGACCCGAACCUCCUCACGUCCCUAAACCGCAAAUCCGCCAUCGCGCAACAUAAUCUCAUGAAAGCAGAUGCCGAGGCAUCAGGCGAGGAUUUCGAGCGGAAGAGAGCAUGGGACUGGACGAUCGAUGAAAGUGAGCGCUGGGAUAAGAGGAUUAAGAAGAAAGGGGCGCAUAGAGAUGAUCAGGCAUUCCAGGACUACAGACAGGAUAGUAGGAAGGUGUAUAAGCGGCAGAUUCGCGACUUGAAGCCGGAUAUGGAGCAUUAUGAAAAGGAGAAGAUGGCGGCCGUGGAGAAGGCUGCUGCUUCUGGCGGACUAGAGAUCGUAGAAACGGACGAUGGGGAACUGGUUGCUGUGGAUAAGGAUGGGACGUUUUAUUCUACCGCUGAUUCGACUGGCUUUGUGGACAAUAGACCACCAAAAGAUGCAGUUGAUAGACUGGUGAAGGAUCUACAGCAGGCUGAGGAUGCGAGGUUGAAGAAGAGGAGGGAGAGGAUGGGUGCUGCGGAGGAUGGGGAUGUUACGUAUAUCAACGAGAAGAACAAGCAGUUCAACUCGAAAUUGAACAGGUUCUACAAUAAGUACACGGCAGAAAUUCGGGAUAGUUUUGAAAGAGGAACUAUGAUCUGA